UCCUUUAAAAGGACACAGCCAGCGGUAGUGCCCUGACUCGGACGUUGAGCAGCCAGGCAGCGACUCAGCCGUACUCAGACCCUGGAAGGGAGAUGAAGCCGGCUGCCAUCACACCUGAGUGCCAGUGCCAGCAUCCAUACUGUUAAAAGCAAUACAUCUGUAGAGAGACCCUGACCCAGUCAUAACUGUGUGUCUAUGGACCAGUCCCCAGGAUAGCAUAUUGCCUUUCGUGGAUGGGUUGUGGAGUGGACAUUACAUUCCAGGGUCAAAGUGAGUAACGAGUAAAUGUGCAUUUAUUUAUCUGAUGGAAGAUGAUGCCCCAAAGCAUAUUAUCCAGAUGACAGGAUUUAAGGUGGAAGAAAAAGAAGCUCUGGGCAAAUUGCUUUUAAAACUGGAUUGCACUUUUAUCAAGAGUGAGAAAUACAAAAAUUGUACACAUCUAAUAGCUGAACGCCUAUGUAAGAGUGAGAAGUUUUUAGCGGCUUGUGCAGCAGGAAAGUGGGUACUAACUAAGGACUACAUAAUUCAUAGUGCCCAAAGUGGCAGAUGGCUUGAUGAAACAACUUAUGAAUGGGGAUAUAAAAUUGAAAAAGACUCCCAUUAUUCACCUCAAAUGCAAUCUGCACCUAAAAGAUGGCGAGAAGAACUGAAACGCACUGGUGCUCCUGGAGCCUUCCAUAGAUGGAAAGUUGUCCUCCUUGUUAGAGCUGAUAAGCGAAGUGACUCUCUUAUAAGAGUUUUGGAGGCUGGAAAAGCAAAUAUUAUUUUACCAAAAAAUUCACCAACAGGAAUAACUCAUGUGAUUGCCAGUAAUGCAAGAAUCAAGGCUGAACAAGAAAAAGAUGACUUUAAGGCUCCGUUCUAUCCAAUUCAGUAUCUAGAAGAUUUUCUUUUAGAGCAUCUCCCCGCUUGGUACACAUACCACUCCUUAAGUUGUCUGAAUGGAAAUAACCCUAGAAGAAUUGCUUUGAAAAAAGAAAUUCACAACGAUGAAGAUUCCCAAACCAAUUCUACUUGGAAGAACCAUAGCAGUCAAGAAAAAAGCAAUGAUUUCCGGGAAAAUAUGGGAUUUCUUGAAAUGAAAGGUACCUUAAAAGAGACCAUGUGCAGAACACAGAAAGAAAUGAAAAAUCAUGAUGAAGAUGUUACUAUUAGUUCCAUUUUGACUGAACAUCAGAGCAAAGAAAGAUUCAGAGAUUCUAGGAAAAAUUUGAAAUUUGUUAAAAUGAGAAAUGCCUUAGGAAGGCAUACUUAUGGAAAUCAGGAAAUGAAGAAAAAAGAUGAAGAUAUUCAAAGGAUUUAUACUUUGAGGAAAAAACGCAAAAAAGAGAAAGAAAGAGAUUCCAGGAAGGACAUUGAACAUGACGGGAGUACCUUAAGAAAGCACAUUUAUAGAGAUCAGAAAGAAAGGAAGAAUUCUGUUUUUCCUGGUCAUGCCAAAGAAUCAAAAACCAAGGAUAUCAGGACAAAUGUGGAUAUUGCUGACCUAAAGAAUGCCUUAAGGAAACACAUAUAUAGAGCUCAGGCUGUAAGAUACCGUGGCAUUAGAAUAGAUAAACAACCAGCAUACAAUGUUGAGGUUAAAAAUGCUGAAUUUCCACGAGGCAUAUUAAAUUUAAUUGAAAGCCUCAUAGAAGGACAGUUUUUUAAGGAAGCAAUUGAGGAACUUUCCUCUUUGCAAGCACAUUAUAUCCCUCCUGUUUACCUUCUCCAUGCUCUUCUAGAAAACAUUCUACAGGAUAACAUAGAUACGUUUUCUGGUCGAUACUUUCAUAUAUUGUCAGCUCUUCUUCACCUUCACCCUCCUUGGAAGUCCCCAGCCAUGUCAACAUAUUACUUAGAGUUGUUUCAGUGUCCGACUUGUAUGAAAGGGACAUGGUCUCUAAUAGAAGUGCUUAUCAGGUCUUGCCUUUUCAAUGAAAGUUUUUGUCAUCAAAUUUCAGAAAAUAUUAUUGGCUCUAAGGUACUCCACCUAACACUGCUUAAAUUUUUCUUUAAUUUGAUUGAAAGUGAAGUCCGACAUCUGAGUCAAAAGUUGUAUGACUGGUCAGAUUCUCAGAGUCUGAAAAUAACAGGAAAGGCAGUUCUUCUUGAAAUCUUUUGGUCAGGAAAUGAGACCUCUGGGCUUUUGACCAAACCUGUAAAUAUGCUUUUGGAGUGGACUAUAUAUUCUCACAAGGAAAAAUGCAAGUCUAAUGAUGUCUUCAAACAUGAACUAGCUUACUUAUUGACUGGAAUUCUUGGAGCAGCAAUAGAUUAUUGGAUUGUCCUUGGUCUUAAUAUGGGUAGAAACGUGAUGCGACACAUGUCUGAUGACGUAGGAAGUUACGUUUCCCUCUCAUGUGAUGACUUUUCUUCACAGGACUUAGAGAUUUUUAUUUCUUCCUUUUCCUCCUCCUGGCUUCAAAUGUUUGUUGCAGAGGCAGUCUUUAAAAAGUUGUGUUUACAGAAUUCCAUUAGUAUUUCUUCUGAGCCACUUUCUCUUCAGAAAAUGGUAUAUUCCUACUUGCCAGCUUUGGGGAAAACUGGUGUGCGUGGGACUAGAAAGAUGCAGAAACCAAAGAAAAUUGGACUGCGGCCUUGCUUUGAAUCUCAAAGGGCCUUAAUAAUGCUGAAUGGUGCUAAACAGAAGCAAGGUGAAGGACUGCCAGAGAUACCAGAACUGAAUCUUGCUAAAUGUUCCUCAUCAUUAAAAAGAUUGAAAAAGAAGUCAGAAGGAGAAUUGUCAUGUUCCAAGGAGAAUUGCCCCUCUUUAGUUACAAAGAUAAAUUUUCACAAGACUAAUUUAAAAGGAGAAACAGCCCUCCAUAGAGCUUGCAUAAAUAACCAAGUGGAGAGAUUGAUUCUUCUUCUCUCUAUGCCAGGAAUAGACAUCAAUGUUAAAGACAAUGCUGGCUGGACGCCUUUGCAUGAAGCCUGUAACUAUGGCAACACAGUGUGUGUCCAGGAAAUUUUGCAACGUUGUCCAGAGGUAGAUCUGCUCACUCAAGUGGACGGGGUGACUCCUUUGCAUGAUGCGCUGUCAAACGGACAUGUAGAAAUUGGCAAGCUGCUGCUCCAGCAUGGGGGCCCAGUGCUUCUACAGCAGAGGAACUCUAAGGGGGAAUUGCCCUUGGAUUAUGUGGUAUCAUCUCAAAUCAAGGAAGAACUAUUUGCUAUCACAAAAAUAGAAGAUACAGUGGAGAACUUUCAUGCACAAGCAGAAAAACAUUUUUACCACCAGCAGCUUGAAUUUGGCUCCUUUUUACUUAGUAGGAUGUUACUCAAUUUUUGUUCAAUUUUUGGUUUGUCUUCAGAGUCCUUAGCUUUCAAAGGAUUAACUCAUCUAAGUGAGCUGCUUAUGGCUUAUCAGAAUUAUAAGGAAACCACUAGUGCUCAUACUGACUGGUUAUUGGAUCUUUAUGCUAGAAAUAUAAUGACAUUGCAGAAGCUCCCAAAUACUCUGAAGGAACUGCCUGAGAAUGUAAAAGUAUGUCCUGGAGUACACACUGAGGCCUUAUUGGUGACAUUGGAAGUAAUGUGUAGGUCGGUCACAGAGAUUUCAUGAUGAUGCCAAAAAAUAGGGGACAGCUUUCUAAACCUGUUCAGCUUGCUUUGUCAUCUAUUAGAGACUUUGUCGCUUAUUAACACGUUAAUUGCAUUUAUUUAUUGACAGAAUUUGCAGCCUUGCUAAUUUUAAAAGCACUUAAAGAACUUUUGCAAAGCUGUAGUAUAGGCUUCUUUUUCUAGUGUGUAGAAUUUAACUGAAAAGUAAAAAAUAGUUUUGUUUGGUAUAUAUUGCUUUUGUUAAUCUUUAUUAUUUUUUGGUUUAAAAGUUAUUUAUUUACACUGUACAUGUAAAAAUUUUUAAUUUAAAUAUUUUUUUAAAUCAAAAUAUAAUGUUCUCUAUUUUAGGUGUUUUGGGUCUUAGAAUCAUGAUGAGAAUAUUUAUGCAAAUAUGCACCUAUAAACGUGUAGCUUCCUGUUUCUUCUCUGUAGGCUGUUGGAAUAAAAUACUCAUUUUAGUUUUACGUGUUUCUAAAAUAAACAUUUCAGAGUUCACAAUAA